ACAUUUUCUUAUAAAUCCCCAUUUGAUGAAGUCGUUUAACUCAUCCCAAUUCAUAUACAAAGAACACACAAAAAAAGGAGCUAGCUUAAGGCAAAAUACAAUCUAAACGCUCCGUAAUGGCGAUCACACGCGCCUCCUUUGCCAUUUGCCUUAUCCUCUCCUUGGUUACCAUUGCCACCGCUGAUUACUACUCUCCCUCAUCCCCUCCGGUUUACAAAUCACCGGAACACAAACCCACGCUUCCACCUCCGGUUUACACGAAGCCAACUAUCCCACCUCCGGUCUACACUAAGCCAACUAUUCCACCCCCGGUUUACACUCCACCAGUUUACAAGCCUACUCUCUCCCCACCGGUUUACACUAAGCCAACUAUCCCACCUCCGGUCUACACUCCACCGGUUUACAAGCCUACUCUCUCACCUCCAGUUUACACCAAACCAACUAUCCCACCUCCGGUCUACACUCCACCGGUUUACAAGCCUACUCUCUCCCCACCGGUAUACACUAAGCCAACUAUCCCACCUCCGGUUUACACUCCACCGGUUUACAAGCCUACUCUCUCACCACCGGUUUACACUAAGCCAACUAUCCCACCCCCGGUUUACACUCCACCAGUUUACAAGCCUACUCUCUCCCCACCGGUUUACACUAAGCCAACUAUCCCGCCUCCAGUUUACACUCCACCGGUUUACAAGCCUACUCCUUCAGCUCCAGUCUACAAAAAGUCUCCAAGCUAUUCAUCUCCUCCUCCUCCAUAUAUGCCUAAACCAACCUACACUGCACCUACCAAACCAUACGUCCCAGAGAUUCUUAAGGCUGUUGAUGGCAUCAUCCUAUGCAAAAACGGCUACGAAACCUACCCUAUUCUAGGAGCAAAGGUAAAAAUUGUGUGCUCCGACCCAGCAUCAUACGGGAAAGACAAGAACGAGGUUGUGAUCUACAGCAACCCCACUGACUCUAAGGGUUACUUCCACGUGUCGUUGACCGACAUCAAGGAUCUAGCUUACUGCCGUGUCAAGCUUUACACAUCUCCCAUCGAGUCUUGCAAUAACCCGACAAAUGUCAACAAGGGUCUCACAGGAGUUCCCUUGUCGUUGUACGGAUACCGUUUCUACUCCGACAAAAACUUGAAGCUCUUCAGCGUCGGACCUUUCUACUACACCGGUCCUAAGGCUGCUCCCGCCACUCCCAAAUAUUCCGCCACUCCCAAAUAUUGAUCGUGAUGAUCACAUUAUUAUGAUGAUCUUGCAUGCAUGAUGCAUUAUUUGAGGUCACUUAAAAUCAAUAUUUUUUGUUUUGAGUUCUUUUGUUCCCUUGAAAAUGUUCAUUUGUUUGUUCCGAACCUUCCGAUUUCAUUUGAUUCGCAGCAUUACCAUAUGCAAUCUAUCAUUUUGGUUAUGCUUUUAUUUUAUAUAAUUAUACAAUAAAUUCUAAGAGGAA